AUGUCCUGGAAAAUGCAGAUUUCUCUGAAAUUGAUAAAGAAACUAAGAUCAGGAUAUCAGAAACUCAAACAAAGGAAGAUGAGGGCUGGAGAAUGUGUCAGAAAUAGGUUUGGAAAAUUCCAGUUAAAAGUGCGCGUAAAAGGAUAUGGGAACGGCGGAGAUUUGGUGAAUCUUGGGAGUCCUGAAUACCGAGAAGAUGUUAGCACAACAUCCUGGAAAAAUCCUGUGCCUUUGCAAGGUUCUUGGAGGGAACAUGAGGUUUUUCGUAUCCGGUUUAAGAAGGAUUUCAGAAUAAAAUGUCAUGGUGCAAUUGCAUUUAUACUGCAUCAUGCUGCAUAUGACUGUUCCAUAGCAAAGAAGAGGAGAGCUGGGGAGCAGGCUCUGGGGGUCCCCAUCAACAAGAGAAAAUCCCUGCUCAUGAAGCCUAGACACUACAGCCCGAACAUGGACUGCAAGGAAGAACAGGACAGCAAGACCGAGGCGGAUGAGGACGGUGGCCUUCUGGAAGCCAACGGGCCCCGUGCCACAGAUGAAAUCAAGAUAAAAGCUAUGGAUGAGAACCUGCAUUUAACAGCCCCAGAAAAUUCCAAUGGCAAGGAAGAUAGAUAUGGCUGUUAUCGAGAGCUCAUGGUCAAAUCUUUAAUGCACUUGGGGAAAUUUGAAAAAAAUGUAUCAGUUCAGACAACAAGUGAAAACUUAAAUGACAGUGGCAUCCACUCUCUUAAAGCAGAGAAUGAUGAAGUAGAUGAGUGCUUUAUGGUUCAUUCUGAUGAUGGGAAAGACAAAACUGAUGAUUCCCAGCUACCUUUCUGUUCCUCCGAUGACAAUGAAAGUAAUUCAGAAAGUACAGAGAACGGUUGGGACAGUGGCUCCAACUUCUCAGAAGAAACCAAACCACAUAGAGCCCCAAAGUACAUAUUAGUGGAUAAUAGAAAAGACCUAUUGGAAGUUCCUGAUAUAAAAACAGAAGGUGACAAAUUUAUCUCUUGUGAAAACAUGUGUGAGUCUGAGGCAGAGAGAAGAGACCCACGAAGCACCUACAUUGAAUCCCUGGAUGGCAAAGCCCAAUCCUCAUUUCCUGGCAUGGAGGAUGAUGAUAAGGAGUGCCUGGCAGCUGUGACCGAAGAGUCUACGGACCUGGAGGAAGCAAAGGGGAACUUAAGUGUGCUGGAGCAGGCGAUCGCUCUGCAGGCUGAGCGAGGCUGUGUUUUCCAUAAUACCUACAAAGAGCUGGACAGGUUCCUACUGGAGCACCUUGCGGGAGAAAGGAGACAAACCAAAGUUAUUGACAUGAGUGGACGGCAAAUCUUUAACAAUAAACAUUCACUGAGGUCUGAAAAGCGGGAGACCAAGUGCCCCAUCCCUGGAUGCGAUGGCACAGGACACGUGACAGGCCUCUAUCCCCAUCAUCGCAGCCUUUCGGGGUGCCCCCACAAAGUGCGGGUUCCCCUGGAAAUCCUUGCCAUGCAUGAGAACGUGCUCAAGUGUCCCACUCCAGGAUGCACCGGAAGAGGACAUGUGAACAGCAACCGCAACACACACCGGAGUCUUUCUGGCUGUCCAAUUGCUGCAGCUGAAAAAUUAGCAAUGUCCCAAGACAAAAAUCAGCUUGAGUCUCCCAAAGCUGGGCAGUAUCCUGAUCAAGUUCACAGGACAAGCUUGGUGAAGCAAAUUGAGUUCAAUUUCCGAUCACAAACCAUCUCCUCUCCCAGAGCCACAGUGUCAAAAGAACAAGAGAAGUUUGGAAAAGUACCAUUUGAUUAUGCCAGUUUUGAUGCGCAGGUUUUUGGUAAACGUCCCCUUGUACAAACAGGGCAAGGAAGAAAAACACCUCCACUUCCUGAAUCAAAGCAUUUUUCAAAUCCAGGGAAAUUUCCUAAUCGACUGCCUAGUGCAGGCGCCCACACACAGAGCCCUUGCCGUGCCAGCUCUUAUAGCUACGGUCAAUGUAGUGAAGACACCCACAUAGCAGCAGCUGCUGCUAUCCUGAACCUUUCCACCCGCUGCAGGGAAGCUGCAGACAUCCUCUCCAACAAACCACAGAGUCUGCAUGCCAAGGGAGCCGAGAUAGAAGUGGAUGAAAAUGGCACAUUGGACUUAAGCAUGAAAAAAAAACGAACCCUGGACAAAGCUGCACCCUUAACUUCCUCUAACACUUCUAUUCCAACUCCUUCCUCUUCCCCAUUCAAAACAAGCAGCAUUUUGGUCAAUGCCGCAUUCUAUCAGGCUCUCUGUGACCAAGAGGGCUGGGAUACGCCUAUCAACUAUAGCAAAACUCAUGGGAAGACAGAGGAGGAGAAAGAGAAAGACACAGUGAACUCUCUAGAAAAUUUAGAGGAAAAAAAAUUUCCUGGAGAGACCUCCAUACCAAGUCCUAAAUCUAAGCUCCAUGCAAGAGAUCUCAAAAAGGAACUAAUCACCUGUCCAACACCAGGAUGUGAUGGAAGUGGCCACGUCACAGGAAACUAUGCUUCUCACCGAAGUGUUUCUGGAUGUCCUUUAGCAGAUAAGACACUUAAGUCCCUCAUGGCUGCUAACUCUCAGGAGCUUAAGUGUCCAACUCCCGGUUGUGAUGGUUCAGGCCAUGUGACUGGAAACUAUGCUUCCCACAGAAGCUUGUCUGGCUGCCCUCGGGCCAGGAAAGGUGGGGUCAAAAUGACUCCUACGAAGGAAGAAAAAGAAGACCCUGAGCUCAAAUGUCCUGUGAUAGGGUGUGAUGGCCAAGGUCACAUAUCAGGCAAAUACACAUCCCAUCGCACAGCUUCUGGUUGUCCUGUGGCUGCCAAGAGACAGAAGGAGAAUCCGCUCAAUGGGGCCCCCCUCUCCUGGAAAUUAAACAAACAAGAGCUACCACACUGUCCCUUGCCAGGCUGCAAUGGGCUGGGGCAUGUAAAUAAUGUUUUUGUCACCCACAGAAGUUUAUCUGGAUGCCCUUUGAAUGCACAAGCAAUCAAAAAGGGCAAGGUCUCAGAAGAACUAAUGACCAUCAAACUCAAAGCAACUGGAGGUAUAGAGAGUGAUGAAGAAAUUAGGCAUUUGGAUGAAGAAAUAAAGGAACUGAAUGAAUCCAACCUUAAAAUUGAAGCAGAUAUGAUGAAACUUCAAACACAGAUCACAUCAAUGGAGAGCAACUUAAAGACAAUAGAGGAGGAGAACAAACUUAUAGAACAGAGCAAUGAAAGUCUUCUGAAGGAGCUGGCAGGGCUGAGUCAAGCUCUCAUUUCAAGCCUUGCUGACAUCCAGCUGCCACAGAUGGGGCCAAUCAGUGAGCAGAAUUUUGAAGCAUAUGUAAAUACACUCACAGACAUGUACAGCAAUCUGGAACGGGACUAUUCCCCAGAAUGCAAAGCUCUACUGGAAAGUAUCAAACAAGCAGUGAAGGGCAUCCAUGUGUAGGAUUCCAGUCCUGCCAGCAACAGAAAUCACCACAGCAGUAAGACAAAUGGAUCUGGUAGGCGCUCCUGCUGCUGGGGCAUAUAGGUUGCCGUACUGCAGUUACAAUUGCAACAUUGCACUAAUUCCCCCCACCCCACCCCCACCCCCAGCUAACAUAAAAAGGAAAGAAAAACUAUGAUAGACUCUUUGGAUUAAAGUCCAUGCAGUCAAAUACUAGAUCUUAUUUAUUUUCAUACGUUUUUCUUUUUAUUUCUUCAUUGCACUGUUUUGGUUUGGUUUGGUUUUGUAAAAAUAUGUAAAAAUAAAUGUGACAUUUUUAUAUUUUAUUUAUUUCUAAUCAAAGAGUUUUUUAUCUUUUAACUGCAUUUUGAAGUCUGCCAUAUUUUUACAAGUGUUUAUUAAUUUAUUUUCCAAUAGAAUUUAAAUAGAAAUGCUAUUCUCAAAUCCCGUAUCUUGCUGGAUUUAAAUGAGAAAACAACAAAAACAAAAAAAAAGUAUGAAGGAAAUUCUUAUGUAGGGACUAUGGUACGGUCCAGUUUGGUUUUUAUUGCACACUUCCUCUCCUCCACCUAGUCCCCCCAUCACCGGCUUUUCUAUUUAGAAGGUGAGUGGCGUGAAAGGAAUCAGAAGAUAAAUGGCGCCCCCUAGUGGGCAAUGGCGCUCACAGAAGCACA